CUCACAAACAUUUCCAAGCAUUUUAUCAACAUGGCUCAUUCCUGGGAUCACGAGAGAGACAAGCAGUUGCUUGUAGCCAUCUUGGCUGUCCAUUCUCCACUGGAUUUCGCUGCAAUUGCUAAAGCGAUGGGACCAGGCGCCACCACUGCGGCUGUGAGACAGCAUGUCCACGGACUGAAAGCCCGCCAAGGCUCGCAGUCUCCUACCAAGGACAAGGCCGACAAGCCCAGUCGUGGCCGCAAGACUACCAAGGCCGCCCCAAAGCGCAAGAGUGCCUCGCUCUCCAAGUCUGAGAACGAUACCGCUGCCGAUAAUCAGGAUCAGGAUGAGGACAAUGAUGGUCACGAAUCCAGCGGAAGUCCCACUAAGCAGCGCAAGCUCUAA